GUUUAGCAAUGGCAUGGUCGCCUCGAGUGACAUCAGGUAACGUUCCGAUGGCAAUUAGUAGACUGAGAACCUGAAUGUCGUUCGUUUCAUGACGCUCCCUGUGCUAUAUGAUACGAACUUCCGCAAACCACGAUCGUACUUUUAGAUCAAGAAAGUCGGAAUACCAAACACUGCUAGACCAAAUCCCCCAAGAAUAUCAACUAUGUCCCAACUUAAGAUUGCUUCGGUGCAGUUCGAGAACUGGUCCGGAAGUAAGGAUAAAAACCUAGCCAUCAUCCGCCGGAUGGCAAGGGAUGCGGCAUCCCGCGGAUGCAAUGUUGUAGCUUUCCACGAAUGCUCGGUUACCGGAUAUACCUUCGCUAGCCGUCUCUCCAAAGAGGAACUGCUCGAUCUUGCCGAAGACGUUCCAGCCGGUCCAAGCACUUGUUCUUUGAUCAAAACGGCUCGUGAGCUAGACAUUACAAUCCUGGCUGGGCUGUUUGAGAAAGACGAAAAUGGCUGCAUUUACAACACAUACAUCUGCGUUGACGGCAGCAGAGGCUUCGUAGCCAAGUUUCGCAAACUGCACCCCUUCAUCAGCCCGCAUCUGAGUCCAGGCAAUGAAUAUGUGGUUUUUGACCUUCUUGGUUGGAAAUGCGGUAUUCUGAUAUGCUACGAUAACAACGUUGUCGAAAAUGUCCGGGCUACAGCACUUCUCGGUGCAGAGAUCAUAUUCAUGCCGCAUGUAACAAUGUGCACCCCGUCUACUCGUCCGGGCGCUGGCUUCGUUGAUCCUUCGCUUUGGACUAAUCGACAUCAAGAUCCAACUUCUUUGCGAGCCGAGUUCAGCAGUCUCAAAGGCAGACAAUGGUUAAUGAAAUGGCUACCAGCAAGAGCCUACGAUAAUGCAGUCUACGUCGUCUUCUCGAAUCCCAUCGGUAUGGACGAUGAUCAAUUGAAGAACGGGUGUUCCAUGAUCCUUGAUCCGUUCGGAGAUAUCUUAAGCGAGUGCUCUCUGCUUGAUGAGGACAUGGCCGUUGCGACUUGCAGCAAAGACAAGCUUCAACUAGCAGGUGGAUUUCGAUACAGACAAGCUAGAAGACCGGAGUUAUAUCGAGAUAUCCUAGGCUCAGAUCAUAACUCAUCUCUCAAUGUUUCCUGGUUGGGCAAGUAGAACUUUCUAGACGCCUGGGCUGGCGAUGAUGAGCCCCAGCUGCCAUUCGGUUCUUUCAUCAAAAGGACACGGUCGCGUGGCCCAAUGGCAAGGCGUCUGACUACGAAUCA